AAAUUUAAUUUCGAAGUAGGUCAACGGGCAUUGAGGGUUUAGAACAGACCACCAUUUGCGGACAUUCUUCACGAGGAAUGGCACAACAGCCACCUUACCCGGAUCCUUACCAGGAUGUGCAUCAGCGCCAACAGGCCGCUGCAGCUCCUCCACAGAUGCCGUAUGGCCAGCAGCAAUAUGGCCAGCAGCAAUAUGGCCAGGGGCAGCCGGGCUAUGAAGAUCCCAGUGGCGCUGGCCCUGCACCGCAGCAGUACCCACCACAACAACAGCAGCAGCACCACCAACAGCCACAGCAACAGUUUGGCCAGCCUUUGUUCGGGCAGGAGCUGCUGGAUAACCCCGUGGCCAUGAACAUGGCAAUGCAGUAUGGUGGCUCACUGGCCAACUCUGGCAAGGAAUACGUAGAUAAAAAUUUGAAUCGUUGGCUUUCCGUCGAGAAGCUGAAGUAUUACUUCUCAGUUGACACGAACUAUGUGACACGCAAGUUGGCACUCUUGCUCUUCCCAUUCACACAUACGAACUGGUCAGUGCACUACAGUCAGUCGGAGAGGGCAACGCCGCGUGUUGAUGUCAACGCACCAGACUUGUACAUUCCAAGCAUGAGCUUUGUGACAUUUGUUUUGACGAUCGGUUUUGUAUUGGGAACCCAGCAACGGUUCUCACCGGAGGAGCUGGGAGUUGCGGCAAGCUCAACACUAGUCUGGCUCAUCAUGGAGGUUCUGGUGUACAUGUUCUGUCUGUAUUUGUUUGGCGUGAACUCCGAAGCAUCGACGUUCGAUCUGGUUGCGUUUUGCGGGUACAAAUACGUUGGGAUGAUAAUCUGUACGCUAUGUGGGACAUUCCUCGGCACGAUGGCCUAUUACAUUUCGUUUGCCUACUGCAGCCUGAGCCUGGCGUAUUUCCUUGUGCGAACACUGCGGCUGCUGAUCUUGCCACAGGCGGGCAGCGACGACGGUAUAGCGCAUGGCAAUAAGCGACGCAACUAUCUCCUGCUGAUGAUCGCCAUCUUGCAGCCUAUCAUCAUGUUCUGGAUGACAGCCAGCCUGGCAAACUACACCGUCCCACAGCCUGGAGCAGGAGCAGCACCUGCGUUCGCGGGCAGACCAGUCAAUGAUCCCAUUCCGUAGUCACUUUAUUAACAUUAUUCUGUUCAUUACUCAAGAUUAAGAAAAAAAGACAUGUGUGUUUUUAAUGCUUCUGAUCCUAUUAUAGUGUUGUGGAAUAGCUACUCGUGUGGACACAUGGCACAUAUUUUAAUAAAGAUGGUUUCACAUCCAG